UUUUUACAGUUUUUGUGAUAUUGCUUUCGAGGUUGUGUUAGUGCAAAAUGCUAAUGAAAAACUGCAAAAUUAAGUAAUUUAAACAGUAUACACAGUAUAAUUUGGUAUUUUAUUACAAAGAGGUUAUUUUAUUAAAAUAAUCGACAAUGUUUCGUAAACCGACUAAAAAGAUUCAGCGUCGCGUCUUUAACGGUGCUGAAGAUGAUGACGAAGGGGAGCCCGAGCCGCCGCCGCCGCCCGUCAUCAGCAAGCAGAAAAAAGAAAAUAAGCCUUUGAAGAGCAAAUCACUUCUAAGUUUCGCUGAUGAAGAGGAAGAUUCUGUGGAGGUUUUCAAAGUGAAAAAAUCAUCCCAAAGUAAGCGACUAGCCAAGAAGAGGGAGAAGGAGAAGAAACAUGCCAUCUCUGAUAGUAAAUAUGAAAAUGACAUUCCGGAGGAAAAGCAGCCGAUUGCAGAGCAGCCGAAGAAGAAGAAAGUGACGUUAGAGGGCCUGAUCCUGUCGGGUCGGGAGGCAUUAGCAGCUGACGGCACGGGCGACGUUUCUGAUGAGCCUGAGGAUUGCGAAGAGGAGGCGGAGGAAGAUAGAGGGUUCCACCGCUACCGAGCAGAGUCGGUGCGGGCGGCGCUGGCGGCCGGCGGAGACCCUAUCCCUGAUGCCGCACUCAUCCACGCGGCCAGAAAGACUAGACAGCAGGCGCGGGAACUUGGCGGCGACUAUGUCUCAGUGCGUCCGGAGUCGGAGCGCGCGGGCGCGGGCUCGCGGCUCGUGCGGGACGACGCGUCCGGAGACGAGGACGAGGACGGCCGGAUACACGUGCGCGGGCUGGAUCUGCCCAGUGACAAGCCUAAACGUACGACCGCGGCGGCGGAAACGGAAAUGGAUAGUGAGGCGGAGGAAUGGGAGGAGCAGCAGAUGCAGAAGGCAGUGCCCGCCAUAUCAGAUGUUGCUGGUGGCGGCGACAUGAAUCCCUUCGCCAUGGCGCCGCCGCCGCCGCCGCGAAUGGCGGACGGGCCGCCGCACCUGCGCCCGCUGGCCGCGCCCGCCGGCGCGCCCGCCACCACGCAGCAACUCGUCGACGCGCUGAGAUUGAGGCUGCAAGAGCUCCAAAUGGACCGCGAGCGCACGCACCAGAAGCGCCUCGCGUGCGAGUCACGUCUAACUUCGCUCGCGGAAGCCCGGGAGGAGCGCUCGGGCCGCGCGGCGCCGCUCGAGGCCGCCUACCGCCGCGCGCAGGCCGCCCGCGCCUACGUCACCGACCUCGUCGAGUGUCUGGACGAGAAGAUGCCGGAGCUAGAAGCCCUAGAAGCACGUGCACUAGCUCUCGCCCGCGGCCGCUGCAGCUACCUGCAGGAACGAAGACGAGCUGACGUGAGGGACCAGGCGCAGGACGUCAGUGCACUCUCAGCACGUCCAGGCUCUGUAAAGCAGCAGGACUCAGAGGACAAGGUGCGGCGCACGGCGGAGCGCGAGGGGCGGCGGCGCGCGCGCAGGCUCAAGAGGGAGGCUAGUGGUAGUGCUAAUGAUCAUCGUGAAGGAGAUAGCAGUGACGAUGAGUUGCCGCCAGCCGAAGCACAGCACGCCGCCAGAGAGAGAGAAGCGAUCCGUCGUCUCUCGGAGCAGCUAUUCGCGGACGCGCUGCCCGCGUGGCGCUCCAUACAAGGCGUGUGCGCCAAGAUGGCGCGCUGGCGGCGACGCGACCCGCAGAUGUAUAAUGAUGCUUAUGUGGCCGAGUGUCUGCCCAAAUUGGUCUCGCCGUACGUCAGGCAACAGCUUAUAUUAUGGAAUCCAUUCGCGGAUGAAGAUAACGAAGACUUCGAGAGGAUGGAUUGGUACAAAUGCCUGAUGAUGUACGGCGUCCGUCCGGAGCGCGUGUCCGCCGACUCUUCAGACUCGGACUCGGAGGGGGAGGCGGAGGGCGCGGGGGCGGUGGCGGUCACCGAGGACAGCGUGAGGAAUGACAUGGACCUGUAUCUGGUGCCCACGGUGGUGCAUAGAGUGGUGCUGCCGAAGAUUACUGAGCUAAUAGAGCACACAUGGGACCCGAUGUGCGUGCGCGCGUGCGUGCGCCUCCGCCACGUGGUAGCACACGCGUGCAGCGUGGUGCCGCGCGCGCCGCCCGCGCUGCGCCGCCUCGGGCAAGCGUUGCGCGCCGCGCUGGCUAGAGCUGUUGCCGAUGUGUUCCUACCGCCGCUUCCACCUCAACUGCAAGACGGCCCCGGCGGCGCGUUCUGGCGGCGCUGCCUGGGCGCCAGCGUGCGGCUGCUGCGCGCCAUCAUCUGCCUGUGCCCGCCGCCCGACGUGCUCAAGGCCGACGCCAUGGCGCUGCAACUCAUCGGCACCCUCUGCACGGCGGCGGGCGCGGCGCCCGGCCCGUCGUCGGCGGCGGCGGCGGUCGCGCUCGCGUCCACCCUGCCCCGCGGCCCCCUGCGCGCCCCCGCGCUGCGCCGCAUAGCCGGGCUGGCUGAGCUGGCGGUUAGCAAGCUGCAGGCUGAUAACCCGAUGCAUUUGAAAGCCCUGGAGCAAGCGAGAGCCGUGAUAGCUGAGGCAAAAGCAUGUCAAAAACUAGAAGAACAAAAAUAGCAUUAGCCAACAAUAUUAUGAAAGCAGUGAUGUUAAUUUAUAAAGAAGUACCUAUGCCUUGACUAGCACCAGCCUUAUAUAAUGAAGUUCUAAAUAAUCAUAAUUCUGCAUUCAUGUAAACAUUUUAAGAAUCAAUUAAUGAUUGCGGUAACAGCAUGCGAGGAAUAAACUUGUGGUUGUAAUUGA